UAGCACAUGAAAUUUGGACACUUUCUGAUAAGCAAAGAUGAAGCACGGACGUAUUACAGAGCUCCCAGAGGACUUCUAUAUCCCCAUCCCAUUAGAGACAAAUAACAUUACCUCUCUUAGUCCCUUCCUUGUUCCUCAGGACCACUUGUCAAAUCCUGGCACAUUUUAUGUAAUGUCCAUUUUCAUGUUUUUCAUAUUUACUGUGGGCAGUUUUAUUAAUGCUCUUACUGUUGCCUGCACCAUUCAAUACAAAAAGCUGCGAUCCCACCUCAACUACAUCUUGGUAAACCUGGCUAUUUCCAACCUUCUUGUGUCCAUGGUCGGCUCCUCCACUACUUGCGUCACUUUUGGAUUCAGAUACUUUGUCUUUGGACCGCUGGUAUGUAAGAUCGAAGGCUUUUUGGUGACACUUGGAGGUAUGGUGAGCCUGUGGUCUCUUGCUGUGAUCGCCUUUGAGCGAUGGCUUGUCAUCUGUAAACCAAUGGGGAACUUCAUCUUUAAACCAGAUCAUGCUGUGGCUUGUUGUAUUUUCACUUGGAUUAUUGCAUUAGUUGCAUCUGCACCUCCACUAUGCGGAUGGAGCAGGUACAUCCCUGAGGGGCUGCAGUGUUCCUGUGGUCCGGACUGGUAUACAUCCAAUAACAAGUACAACAACGAAUCCUACGUGAUGUUUCUCUUCUGCUUCUGCUUUGCUGUUCCUCUCUCCUGCAUCUGUUUCUGCUAUGCCCAGCUGCUAAUUACAAUGAAAAUGGCGGCUAAAGCACAGGCCGAGUCGGCUUCUACCCAGAAGGCCGAGAGAGAGGUGACCAGGAUGGUGGUGGUCAUGGUAGCAGGCUUCUUGGUGUGCUGGCUGCCCUAUGCCUCUUUUGCCCUGUGGGUGGUCAACAACCGUGGAGAGACUUUCGAUCUGAGACUGGCCUCAAUCCCCUCCGUAUUUUCAAAGUCUUCUGCAGUUUACAACCCAGUCAUCUACAUAGUCCUUAACAAGCAGUUCCGCUCUUGCAUGAAGAAGAUGCUGGGGAUGAGUGGAGCAGAUGAUGAAGAUUCCUCUGCAGCAUCUUCUGUGACAGAGGUGUCUAAAGUUGGCCCUGCUUAAACGUUUCCUGCAUGAACCUGACUAUUA